AUUAACGUUUUCAAGAAGAAGAUGAGAUAUAAGUUUUCCUGUGAUCAGCUGAUAUUCGUUUAUUUGAUGGUCAGCUUGGCUUUUAAGAUCUUCAAUUGUCAACAUGCUUGUGACGAAAAGGAUUUGAAUAGAGCAAGUGAACUAGUAUUUGAACGUGAAUCACAUGAAUAUUCUCACUAUUAUUAUUAUUCCCGAUUGAUUCGCCUAAAUCAGCCCUCUCCUUUUAUUAAUGCAACGUUUGAGAAAUUGGUUACUGAUGAACUUCAGAGGAUCAUUCCAAAAUUCUCUUUUAAAUUUUACGGCUUUGACGUAAAUAUACUCUACAUUACCAAUGAUGGUUUAAUAGAAAUAUACGGAGCAACGUUCUCAGGAGUAAUUGACCAUUAUGUAUCUGACAUUAAUUCGUCUGAAUGGGAGAUUUCGAAUGAUGAGAACUUACUGGCUCUCAGAAGGACUUUGCAGUUAUCAAAUGGCACAUUCAAGGUAACUACUCUGAUACAUUCGAAUGGAAAGAUAUCUUUCUAUUAUGAUAACGUAUCUUGGGGAUAUGAAAACUAUCAUUCACGAUCCGAAAUUAUUGGUUUAUUUGAGUGUGGAAAUAAAGUUGAGAAAGCCGUUGCACUACAUGUCCAUGGAAAAUGGGUCAAAAGUGGAACGUUAGUGGAGUUUGAAGUUUCCGGUGAUUGUGAAAAACACAAUUCCAUCGAAACAUGUCAAAACUCAACAACAUCGAAUUCAUGUUUUUGGUGUGAGAGGGCGAACAGGUGCAUCGUCGACAAUAAUAAGGAUAUUCAUGACUUCAAAGUUAAUGGUUGCCAGAUUGGAAAUAGCUCGAGUGACAACACAUUGAGUACACCAACCGGUGUCGAAGAACCUACAACAACUUCAAGUAUAAAUGAAUCUGACUUAAAAGAUGAAUUGGAGACAACUGACCAAGAACCUGAAUCUGAUUUGAAUAGUUCGAGUGACAACACAUUGAGUACACCAACCGGUGUCGAAGAACCUACAACAACUUCAAGUAUAAAUGAAUCUGACUUAAAAGAUGAAUUGGAGACAACUGACCAAGAACCUGAAUCUGAUUUGAAUAGCUCGAGUGACAACCCAUUGAGUACACCAACCGGUGUCGAAGAACCUACAACAACUUCAAGUAUAAAUGAAUCUGACUUAAAAGAUGAAUUGGAGACAACUGACCAAGAACCUGAAUCUGAUUUGAAUAGUUCGAGUGACAACACAUUGAGUACACCAACCGGUGUCGAAGAACCUACAACAACUUCAAGUAUAAAUGAAUCUGUCUUAAAAGAUGAAUUGGAGACAACUGACCAAGAACCUGAAUCUGAUUUGAAUAGCUCGAGUGACAACACAUUGAGCACACCAACCGGUGUCGAAGAACCUACAACAACUUCAAGUAUAAAUGAAUCUGACUUAAAAGAUGAAUUGGAGACAACUGACCAAGAACCUGAAUCUGAUUUGAAUAGCUCGAGUGACAUCCCAUUGAGUACACCAACCGGUGUCGAAGAACCUACAACAACUUCAAGUAUAAAUGAAUCUGACUUAAAAGAUGAAUUGGAGACAACUGACCAAGAACCUGAAUCUGAUUUGAAUAGUUCGAGUGACAACACAUUGAGUACACCAACCGGUGUCGAAGAACCUACAACAACUUCAAGUAUAAAUGAAUCUGUCUUAAAAGAUGAAUUGGAGACAACUGACCAAGAACCUGAAUCUGAUUUGAAUAGCUCGAGUGACAACACAUUGAGCACACCAACCGGUGUCGAAGAACCUACAACAACUUCAAGUAUAAAUGAAUCUGACUUAAAAGAUGAAUUGGAGACAACUGACCAAGAACCUGAAUCUGAUUUGAAUAGCUCGAGUGACAACACAUUGAGCACACCAACCGGUGUCGAAGAACCUACAACAACUUCAAGUAUAAAUGAAUCUGACUUAAAAGAUGAAUUGGAGACAACUGACCAAGAACCUGAAUCUGAUUUGAAUAGCUCGAGUGACAACACAUUGAGCACACCAACCGGUGUCGAAGAACCUACAACAACUUCAAGUAUAAAUGAAUCUGACUUAAAAGAUGAAUUGGAGACAACUGACCAAGAACCUGAAUCUGAUUUGAAUAGCUCGAGUGACAACACAUUGAGCACACCAACCGGUGUCGAAGAACCUACAACAACUUCAAGUAUAAAUGAAUCUGACUUAAAAGAUGAAUUGGAGACAACUGACCAAGAACCUGAAUCUGAUUUGAAUAGCUCGAGUGACAACACAUUGAGUACACCAACCGGUGUCGAAGAACCUACAACAACUUCAAGUAUAAAUGAAUCUGUCUUAAAAGAUGAAUUGGAGACAACUGACCAAGAACCUGAAUCUGAUUUGAAUAGCUCGAGUGACAACACAUUGAGCACACCAACCGGUGUCGAAGAACCUACAACAACUUCAAGUAUAAAUGAAUCUGACUUAAAAGAUGAAUUGGAGACAACUGACCAAGAACCUGAAUCUGAUUUGAAUAGUUCGAGUGACAACACAUUGAGUACACCAACCGGUGUCGAAGAACCUACAACAACUUCAAGUAUAAAUGAAUCUGUCUUAAAAGAUGAAUUGGAGACAACUGACCAAGAACCUGAAUCUGAUUUGAAUAGCUCGAGUGACAACACAUUGAGCACACCAACCGGUGUCGAAGAACCUACAACAACUUCAAGUAUAAAUGAAUCUGACUUAAAAGAUGAAUUGGAGACAACUGACCAAGAACCUGAAUCUGAUUUGAAUAGCUCGAGUGACAACACAUUGAGUACACCAACCGGCGUCGAAGAACCUACAACAACUUCAAGUAUAAAUGAAUCUGACUUAAAAGAUGAAUUGGAGACAACUGACCAAGAACCUGAAUCUGAUUUGAACAUGACAACAGAAGUGACUGGAGACAAUGAGCCUGGGAAAUAAAGUCCUUCCUUACACAUCGUCAUACGUUGACUUAUCUCUUUCUAGGUUGUGUGCAGUGGCUGUGCCAUAUGCCUAUGGUUGUGCAGUAAAAAGACAUGUAUGCUAUGGCUCUCACAAAAGACUUAUCGCUUGUUUUCAUAAUGCUUAAUUUUCUGUCUUCAUUUUGUAGUUUAUUGAAAACACUUUAUAUUUAGUUAAUCAUUUCAAUAAAUUGGAAAUUUUUUCGUUGAACUAGUAACAAUUUUUAUGGUUAUUCACGUUGUAAUUGACGAAUUUAUUUGGUGAGACAUAAAACACGGAUUCUUAUGUCUCUGUGAUGAUUUUUACUCAAUAAAAACGUAUAUUACUUAUACAAGUGUUUACAACACUGCAGAAUGUUAGUAUGUUGGGCUUCCGUUCAAUUUACUGAUGAUGAUACCAUACUCCGUUAUUAAAUCCUUAUGAUGUGGAAGCUUCUGAUGACCAUACCAAGUUAAUAAAUCCUAAUAAGAUUGGGGCUUCUGAGGAUCACAUUUCAUUUUUAUCCACGAUUUAGAAAAGUACUUUCCACAUGUAAGAGCGAUUACAUACCUCUUUUGGUUCGUCCCACAAAUUGAUUGUUGAUACAGGAAGUAAACCGUCAAAUACCUUAUUCACAGCAUUGUCUUUGGAAAGACACCUUUCUUUUCUGAUUUUGCUUCAUCGUGCGAACUCUCUACUUCGAUACUUGCGAUACGUACUAUGGACUAUCAAUAAAGAUUAAAAUGCGGAUCUGAAACGAAUAUUCCCGGUGUAUUUUGCUAAGCUUGAUGGAUUGUCUACUACUCCCGAUGGUAUUUUUUGCCUAAAUGACAAUGCAGGUAGUCCAGUAUUAUUUCGUAUAUCUGAUCGUCAUAGUGCAGAUUUUGGUGUUGAGGAAAUGCAAGCUUUGACACAGAUUGCAUAUUGGUGAUCUGAGAUACAUUAUUAUAUCUCGCACAACGAACAGUCGUGAAUAGUCAUAGGUCGAAAAACCAUCUUUCGAAAUGGACUCAAUGACAAGUAUCAUCUGAGGUCUAACAAUGAAUUCACCCUGAAUAACGUUUGUUUCUCAGCAAUUCUCCUUCAGGGGUGUGUGAUAUUUUUCCACAAGUGAUGUUUUUUUCGUGCAUUAUUAUUAUUUUGCAUGUUUUGAAUCCCAAAUACAAUACGUUUAAUUGUUCUCGAUAUUUUCUCCUGACUUCGUUCUGAUAUAUGCAGUACUACAAGAAUGCAUCACAAGCUAUUUGGGUGUUACACGUCGGCAUUUUGCAAUUGCGUAUUAAAUAUUGAACAGUUCUCAUUAUUCACUAAUGUUCUCUGACUGUCAAAUGCUCUCCAAAUAUUGUUAUUCUAUGAUGAAGUUAGUGUUGUCUCAACCAAAUGAAUAUCCUGGUCAUGUUCAAGUCAUUACAGCUUAGAAAUGAAUGUACCUGCCCAAUGUGGAGUAAAGAUUUAAGAAUACGAGGAAUGACACUUUUCAAAAACCUAUUGUAAUACCGUGUGUCUGCAAUCAUAACCUUAACUAAUAGGCAAUCUGCAAGUGAUUGCAACAUUCCUCCUCACCAUAUCGAUUAUUUGUGAACUUAUUACAAACAGCGGAUAAUUAUCCUAAUUCUGCGUCGAAUUGAUAUGUACACUUCAAUUUUGCUCAUCCAACUAUGGAGUUUUUUAAUCCAUGGAAGUCCCUGGUUCAUCCUUUCCAACUCUUCGUCCACACUAAUGCUCAAAACAAUGCGACACCUAAACAAAACCAUAGACUUGUAUAAACUACAUUAAACAGAAUCGGUACGGGCGUCAUUAGCUGGUGUACACAAUUCUAUUGAAUUCUUAAACUUACUAAAUAUCGUUGCACACUUAAUUAUAAAUAGAGUUUCGCCACCACGAACCACAGUCUUGUCAGAGAGACCAUUCUUCGCACUUUUCACUAACUCAAGGUGUUUUUCCUCAGUUUCGAAUUAAAAUUUUUAUAUAUUCCAGCUUACAUUCUCCAUUUCGGUGACAGAAAAGAUGAACAAGGAGUUCAUUGUAAAAUAUACUGCCUAGAGUACUUCACAGAUAUUAAAUUAGCGACAGUGUUCUCAACAGCUUAUUUG